AUGUCGUACACACGUACCGCACAGGUUCCGCUGCUGUGUCACGUGGACGACUGCAACGUGGACCUCUCCAGCCUGAAGGAGUACCACCAGCGGUUCCGCAUCUGCGACUACCACCUCAAAGCCGAGAUCGUCAUGCGCGAGGGCAUCCCGCAGCGCUUCUGCCAGCAAUGCGGCCGCUUCCAUACGCUGUCAGAGUUUGAUGGCACGAAGCGCAGCUGCCGAGCAAGGUAG